AUGGCUUUCGAAAAGCACGUCGUUUCCUACAAACAGAGAUCAUCUCUUGCCAUUGUGCUUUCACCUCCCAUUCCUUUGAGGCCCUUUUCUUCUAUCACCGCUGUUAGUCACCCAUACGCCAUGUUCGACCACGACAAAGAGAAAGACUCCGGUCUACCUUUCCAUGAGCCUUCCACAGCACCUCCCUCGGAAGACCGAAGAAAGCAUCACUUCCUACGGACCGAGGCCACAGCCUUCUUGGGAGAGCUCAUUGGCACCUUCAUGUUCCUUUCCUUGGCCUUCACUGGUACUCAGAUCGCACUCAACGCUGCCGGCACCAACGACUUGACCGCAAGCUCAAACCCCAUACCGGAUGUGGGAAAGCUCUUGUACAUCGCCUUCGCCUUCGGUAUCUCUCUCGCCAUCAACGUCGCCAUCUUCGCCGACAUCAGUGGCGGUAAAUUCAACCCAGCAGUUACUGCCGCCUUAUGGCUCACACGAAAGAUCCACUGGCACCGUGCGCUUCAAACCAUCAUAGCGCAAAUGAUUGCUGCCAUAGCCGCAGCAGGCUUCGUCUCCGGUCUUUUGCCUGGCGAACUCACCAUCGACACCAAGCUCGACGCAUCCAUCUCCGUAACACGGGGUCUAUUUCUGGAAGCUUUCGUCACCGCGCAACUGGUCCUCAGCAUCCUCAUGCUCGAAGCCGGGUCAGCGAAACCAAUGUACAUCGGGAUGUCGCUCUUCAUCGCAGAGAUAUGCAGUGUCUACUUCACCGGUGGCAGCUUGAACCCAGCACGCAGUUUCGGUCCCGCGGUCGUCGUUGGUUUUACUAGCUACCACUGGAUAUACUGGCUAGGGCCAAUGUUAGGCGCAGCGGUAGCGAGUGGAGCUUAUGCACUUAUCAACUUUGUGCGGCGGGAGCAGAUAUAA